AUGUGGACGUUUUGGCUCACGUGGUCCCUACUCACUUGCACAUCCGCUUUGCUCUGUCUGACAGGAUGUCUUGUUCCAUCCUGGUUGAAAGGCUCUGUACAGGUGAGUGCACAGAGCUUGCAAACGGAACUUUUGAUCGAGUUGGGCAUGGAUACGUACUCCAUGUCCAGCAGUUUGGGUCUAUAUCGUCGCUGCGUCUACCCGGUUUACGUGCAGGCCGGGCCGGAUCCCCGAACAAUCAGCUCGGUCCGCUCGAAAGAUGCACCAACCGGACAGACUACGAUGACCAGUAAACCACGAGCGGAUUUGAUUCAUCUUCGUUCAACUUGUGGACACUACCAGUUUGCACUGAUCCCUCACAUUGCCUGGCAAGUCGGUCUCACGCUGCUUGUGCUCGCUUCAAUCAUUCUGGUAUUUCUCACGUUCUUUCUUCUCCUAUCCGGAUGUUAUUUGGCUGUGUUGAGCAUGGUCGGAGUGCACCGCACCUGCCAAGUUCUCCUGUUGAUUGCCGGUGAGUCUGAGGAAUUUCACUUCAAAAAUAAACUGUUGGUGAUAUAUAUUUUCAGGUAA